UCCAACGAGCACAUCAAUAAACCGACCCAGAGCCAGAAACAUAAAGAGAAGCAGACCCAGACCCAUCCUCAUCGAGUGGCAUCAACAACGAGAACAAGAAAAAAAACAUUUCAAUCGAAAUUUUAUUUGCCACUGCCGUUGCGUGUGUGAGCGGUUCGCAAAACGAAAAAAUUUGCAUGUAAAAGAAUUUUUCAUUCUGACUGCUAGACAAAAUAUUAACAACCAGGAACAAAAACAACGGCAAAAAAAACCAAAUAAACCAACCCUAAAGAACACUCCACCCAUGUCGAGGCCACAACAAUUGCGGGACUAUAAUGGUGAACCUGGCUGCCGCUCGGCCAGCGAACUCAAUCAGAGCUAUCGCCAUUUUUGGGAUCCCACAGCUUACUGGCAAUGCGGCGCUGACCAAGAUCAGCGGGCACAACUCAAACGUUGUCCAGCCAAUGAACUGUAUUACGAUAAGGCCCAACGUUGUGUGAAAUGGAAGGAUUGGCAAUGGACUGAACCACAGGAGCCGCCCACAAAACCGGAUAAAUAAUACGAAUUGUCGAAAAUUUAAUUAAAAUGGAAUUUCCACUUA